AUGCGAACCCCCCAGAGCAGCGCGCGGAAGCGGAAGAUACCCUACCUGUCGCCCGCUAGCUCACCAGCCCAGUCGUCACCGUCGAAGCGAUCGCGUUACGUCACUCCGCCUGAAAUCGAUAUACUUCAAGACGAGCUCGACUUGGAUGAUGAGGAGCCUGCCAUAUACCCUGCGCCCAUCCGGAGGUUAACAACAUUGGGUCGGCCGUCAAGAACACUGCAGCGGUCGUUCGGUGGAAUACUGGGUGCAGCCAAUUUCUACAGUGGCGCAGACGACCUACAUCAGUUGUCGCAGGGCGCGCCGCCCUUCUGCACGGCCAGUUGCAACACCAACUCUAUGCUCGCAAUAGGCGAUGAAGACGGAUACAUCCACCUACAAGACUCCGAAGGCGACUUCUCCAAACCCCAUGUGUCAUGGAAAGCCCACUCCAACGCCAUCAUGGACGUGCAGUUCUCCUCAGACGACCUACACCUCGCCGCCGGUUCUGGAGAUCAGACUGCACAGAUUGUCGACGUUCGCACCCAACAAACUCUUGCUGUGCUGGCGAAACACAAGUCGUCAGUAAAGCAAGUCCGCUUUCAGCCCGGCGACGACAAGAUGGUAGCGACGUCAAGUCGAGACGGUGCAGUACAGAUUUGGGAUCUCCGAUGCAAGGGCAACCAAGGCUCAAUACAUUCAGCCUGGGGCUCCGAUGCACCGUAUGCCAGUGUUGUACGCACGCUGGCUUCAGCGCACGCGGACAUCAGUCUCCCAACAUCCACAUCGUCGGCCACCCGAUCACUCUCCAACAGCAAAACCGAAAACAUCAGCCGACGGAACGACAUUUCAGUGACAGCGCUUUCGUUCAUGCCCGCAGGCCGCGAACACCUCCUCCUGACCGCGUCAGACGCAUCGACAUGCGUUAAGCUCUGGGACAUCAGAGGCCGAUACUCCCUGCGAGGGCCAGCCAUCCCCAUCGCAACCACCCGCCAUCCCGAAUCCCACAACCGCCACCGACACUUUGCCAUCAACUCUUUGACUCUUAGCGGCGAUGCAUCACGACUAUACGCCCUCAGCAAAGACAACACCGUCUACGCCUACUCCACAAGCCACCUCAUCCUCGGCGUAGCACCAGAGCUCUCCACGACCUCCUCCUCAAAACAGAAAUACUGCGGUGUAGGCCAAGAAGGCCUGGGACCUAUCUACGGUUUCCGACACCAGAACUUCCACGCCGGCUCCUUCUACGUCAAGGCAUCCUUGCGCAAAGCAUGCGAAGACCGCACCGAGAUGCUCGCAGUAGGCAGCACAGACGGCUGCCCCGUGUUGUUCCCCACCGACGAAAACUUCCUCAAACGCGAAACAAGACACGACGAUGACACAGACGACCUCCCUGAUAUUACUGGCAUUGCCGCGAAAUCCGCACGACCCACGCUUGCCCGCACAUCGACAAACAGCCGUUGCCUAGACACCAUCCCCAUCUACGAACACGGCACAGCUCUCAUACGAGGACACGAUGCGGAAGUCACGAGCGUAUCAUGGGCGCGUAACGGCAGCUUGAUCAGCGUGAGCGACGACUUCCGCGUCCGACGAUGGAAAGAAGGAAGUCAAGCUAGAGACCUCCGCAUGGGUGGCGAGAGCGAAGGAAAGAGAUGGCAGUGCGGAUGGGCCGCAGUAGGAGAUGGAUAUGACGACGACGAGUAG